GAUUGAUCUUAAGCCACGUUCGUUCAGCCACGGGUUCAGCAUAAUCAAUCACUAUUAGAUCUACCAAGGUAAUACUCGUUAAGAGAACAAUGAAAGUAUUAAUAGCAGCAUUAGCCUUUGUAGCCCUAUUGGCUUUUGUCUACUGUGAUGAUGCGGCUAAAAAAGGACCCAAAGUUACUGAUAAGGUAUGGUUUGAUAUAAAAAUUGGUGACGAGGCAGUUGGACGUGUUGUUGUUGGUUUGUUUGGCAAAACCGUUCCAAAAACCGUGAAAAACUUCAAGGAAUUAGCAGAAAAACCUGAAGGUGAAGGCUAUAGAGGCAGCAAGUUCCACAGGGUGAUCAAAGAUUUCAUGAUCCAAGGUGGUGAUUUCACUAAAGGAGAUGGCACAGGAGGUCGUAGCAUUUAUGGUGAACGAUUCCAAGAUGAAAACUUCAAAUUGAAGCACUAUGGGGCAGGAUGGCUUUCCAUGGCUAAUGCUGGAAAAGACACGAAUGGUUCACAGUUCUUCAUCACCACAAAACAAACUUCCUGGUUAGAUGGUCGUCAUGUUGUCUUUGGAAAAAUCAUUUCUGGAAUGGAUGUUAUUCGGAAAAUUGAAGCCACUAAGACUGACAGUCGUGAUAAGCCAGUGGAAGAUGUUGUUAUUGCUGAUUGUGGAUCAGAAACAGUAGAAGAACCAUUUGGCGUUGAGAAAGCUGACGCCACAGAAUAAUGAAAUGAUUGUAUAAAGACAGUAAUUGGAAGUUAUAUUUGGAGGAAAUUGAUUUAUUCUGAUUAUUUCUGUUUUGACAAUAUAAAGAGUUGCAGAUACCCAAAUAAUCUUAAUAAUUUCCUUCAGCAAAUAAGUUUCAUGGAUUAUUUCAAUAACUGAUUAUAAUAAUGUGAAAUAUUUUUUUACAUUCAAUUUCUGUAAUAAAAUUUCCCUUUUUUAUG